AAGAACAUAUAUAUCCCUAUAAAUAUUCAGCGUAUCAGCUCAAUAUUCCAUAGCUUUAACGAUGGAGAAUUUUCAUUUAUCCAUUUCCCUGGUUUUGCUUCUUCUUCUUCCUCCUCUUCUGCAGGUUUCAUGCACUGAGAAACAGGUGUAUAUAGUGUACUUUGGAGAACACAGUGGAGACAAAACAUUGCAAGAAAUCGAAGAAAGCCAUCACUCGUAUCUCUUCUCCGUAAAGGAAACCGAAAAUGAUGCAAUAUCUUCUCUUGUUUACAGUUACAAGCACACCAUCAAUGGCUUCGCCGCUCUUCUCACUCCAAUGGAAGCUUCCAAACUAUCCGAUAUGGAGGAAGUGGUGUCUGUGUUUCGGAGCCACCCGAGAAAGUACUCACUGCACACAACAAGAUCAUGGGAAUUUGCUGGUUUACAAUACGAGGCAACAAAAAUGAACAAGGAAGAUUUAUUACUUAAAUCCAGAUAUGGCAAAGAUGUUAUUAUUGGCAUCUUAGACAAUGGUGUGUGGCCGGAGUCGAAAAGCUUCGGGGACGAAGGGGUGGGCCCCAUACCGAAAACAUGGAAAGGAACUUGCCUAUCUGGUGAUGCAUUCAACUCUUCACAUUGUAAUAAGAAAAUAAUUGGGGCCCGAUAUUACAUAAAGGGCUACGAAGCCUACUACGGCCCACUAAACAGAACGCUCGAUUUUCUCUCACCUCGCGACAAAGACGGACACGGGACCCACACAUCGUCCACCGCCGCCGGCCGCCGGGUCAACAAUGUCUCCGCCCUGGGCGGCUUCGCCUCAGGCACCGCCUCCGGCGGCGCACCCCUGGCUCGCCUGGCCAUCUACAAAGUGUGCUGGGCCGUACCGGGCCACGGCAAAGAAGACGGCAACACCUGCUUCGAGGCGGACAUGCUCGCCGCCAUUGACGACGCCAUUUCCGACGGUGUUGAUGUACUGAGCAUUUCGAUCGGAACAAAAGACCCCACGCCGUUCAAUCAGGACGGAAUCGCAAUCGGCUCUCUUCACGCCGUCAAGAAAAACAUCGUCGUCGCAUGCAGCGCCGGAAAUGCCGGACCCACCCCAUCCACCUUGUCCAAUCCAGCUCCGUGGAUUAUCACGGUCGGAGCGAGCAGCGUCGACCGGAAAUUUUCAGCACCGGUCGUGCUCGGGAAUGGCAUCAAACUCGCGGGGCAAACAGUAACUCCAUAUAAACUGGAAAACAGAUUGUACCCGUUAGUCUACGCGGGUCAAGUAAUCAACCCUGACGUGCAGAAAAACUUAUCCGGACAAUGUUUACCUGGUUCGCUUUCACCAUCGAAAGCAAAAGGAAAAAUCGUGUUGUGUUUGAGAGGGAAUGGAACUCGAGUCGGUAAAGGCAUGGAGGUGAAAAGAGCGGGAGGAAUCGGUUUCAUAUUAGGAAACAGUGAAGCAAACGGAGAUGAAUUAGCAGCAGAUGCGCAUCUUCUUCCGGCCACAGCUGUCAAUCAUGUAAACGCUCUCGAAAUUCUCAAAUACAUCAAUUCUACACGAGCACCAAAAGCGUAUAUCGAACCAGCAAAGACGGUACUAGACACCAAACCAGCUCCUUUCAUGGCUGCUUUCUCCAGCAGAGGCCCCAGCACUGUUUCACCCGAUAUUCUAAAGCCCGAUAUCACAGCCCCUGGAAUAAAUAUACUAGCAGCAUGGAGCGAAGCAUCUUCUCCGACAAAGUUGGCAGCAGAUAAUCGGAUCGUGAAAUAUAAUAUUCUAUCGGGAACUUCAAUGUCAUGCCCACAUAUAGGCGGUGCAUCUGCUCUUAUCAAAGCCAUACACCCCACUUGGAGCAGUGCCGCCAUAAGAUCUGCUCUUGUCACCUCCGCUGGACUGACUAACAACGAGGGUAAUCCUAUCAGCGAUGCAUCCGGCAAUCCAGCGGACCCGUUCCAAUUCGGGUCGGGUCAUUUCAGGCCCACGAAAGCAGCGGAUCCUGGGCUCGUGUACGAUGCUUCUUACAAAGACUAUCUUCUCUUCUUAUGCGGCAACGGAAUCAAGAAUCUUGAUUCUUCAUUCAAAUGCCCGAAGAAGUCACCAUCUAUGGGCGAUCUCAAUUACCCAUCUCUGGCAAUACCGAAACUCAACGGCACAUAUACAACGGUGAGAACAGUUACGAAUGUGGGCGGAGGCAAGAGUGUGUAUUUUGUGAGCGUAAAACCUCCACCUGGAAUCUCGGUGAAAAUAUCGCCUCCUAUAAUAUACUUCAGCCGUGCUGGACAGAAGAGAAGUUUCACCAUCACCGUAAAAAUAGAGACAAGCACCGUUGAGAAAGAUAAGUAUGUGUUUGGAUGGUAUACAUGGUUCGACGGAAUCCACAAUGUUCGAAGCCCCAUCGCUGUUUCAGUAGCAUAAUCAUUUUUUUCUGUGUAUUGAUAAACAGAUUUACUCUAUAUACAUUAGCUCACAAUAAAAAAGAAAAAAUAAAUAAAAGAAAAGGGGAUGUUGAGUAUGCAAUUUGGAUACAACAAUUGAUCAUUGGAUGAAACAGUAACAAAACCAAAAUUUUGGAGCC